UCAACUUGGAAAGUUUUUUUUCUCGGCCGAGCGGGGGAGGGGGCGUCGUCCUAGCGCGUGCGGUUGUGGGUGUGUGAGCUCUGGUGUGUUUGUGAGUCCCGACUGCGGUGUGUUGGCGGGGCCCGUUGAGGGGUUGUCCCACCCCCCUGGAGGAAGUUGGCUCGGGGCCCUUUUGGGGGACCCAGCUCCCUAGGAUCCUACCCGGGGAGAGGGCCGCCCCGGCCCCGGGCCGGGGUGAACGCACGGGGGGGGCGGGUUUGUUUGGUUUCAAAAGUGCACGUUGCUAACCGCCGGCAGUCCCCCCCAACCCCCCGCCGCGGCUGAGCCGGGGAGGGGCCCCCGAGAGUGACAGCUGCGGGUGGGGGCAGCGGGAAGGUCCCGGAGCUGGUGGGGGGGGCGGGAGCCCGCUCGAGUUCCCCUUUCCUUUGGAACAAAGGAAAGUCUGUUUCUGAGGCAUCUGUCACUCCCAGGCGGGCCAAGGAAACGGGGCGCGUGGGGCCGGCUACCCGAAGAAAGUUUAUGCGUGCCGGGACCCUCGGACAGGCGAAGCGUGUGCCGAGCCUCCCGCGGGGGAAACGCGCAGUCUCCGGGGCAGGGGGCGGCCAACAUGGAGUCUGGGCGCAGGGUUGGGGGGGGCGGUGCGGAGGUGGGAGCCCAGCCCCCUCCCCUCCCCCUCCGGGCCGAGUUCGGAGCACAAAGCCGAGCGCGCAGGCUCGGCCGGCCCCGCGCCCCGAAGAGUCAGCCAGCGCCGUGUGGCGGGGGAAGGGGGUGGGAACCAAACUUUUUCCUGCCCCGGGACAGACACGCUUGCCCGAGGUCCAGCCUAGCCCCUAGACAUCAUGUCAGACAGUGAUUUGGGUGAGGAUGAAGGCCUCCUCUCCCUGGCAGGCAAGAGGAAGCGCAGAGGGAACCUACCGAAGGAGUCAGUGAAGAUCCUCCGGGACUGGCUGUACUUGCACCGCUAUAACGCGUAUCCCUCAGAGCAGGAGAAGCUGAGCCUUUCUGGACAGACCAACCUGUCAGUGCUGCAGAUAUGUAACUGGUUCAUCAAUGCCCGGCGGCGGCUUCUCCCAGACAUGCUCCGGAAGGACGGCAAAGACCCCAACCAGUACACCAUCUCCCGCCGUGGGGGUAAGGCCUCAGAUGUGGCCCUCCCCCGGGGCGGCAGCCCCUCAGUGCUGGCUGUGUCUGUACCGGCCCCCACCAAUGUGCUGUCUUUGUCUGUGUGCUCCGUGCCACUCCACUCGGGGCAGGGAGAAAAGCCAGCAGCCACGUUUCCACAAGGGGAGCCAGAGCCCCCCAAGUCCCUCGUGACCCCUGGUAGCACACUCACUCUGCUGACCAGGGCCGAAGCUGGAAGCCCCACGGGUGGACUUUUCAACACACCACCACCCACACCCCCAGAGCAGGACAAGGAGGACUUCAGCAGCUUCCAGCUGCUGGUGGAGGUGGCACUACAGAGGGCUGCUGAGAUGGAGCUCCAGAAGCAGCAGGACCCGCCGCCCCCAUUACUACGCACUCCCAUGUCCUUAGUCUCUGAAAACCCCAAGUAGGCAUCUGCCACAGGGGUGCUUGAGCCAGCUGUCCUAGGCUUCCGUUUUGGUUCCAUUUCCUACAGAGGGUUUCCUUUGGAUCACUGCCAAAUGUCGGGAUCAUCUCCUCUGUCCAGAGGUCUUCGGCAGGAAGACGCCAGCUGGUGUCACUGCACUGUGAUGGGACCUCUCCUCUGCUGACUCCGCUGUUUCUCCAGCCUCCUCAGUGAUGAGCCCAAGAGAUUGGAGACAGGCAUGGUGCUGCUGCUGUUUCUUCAGAGAACCCCCCCGGGACAUCUUUGUUCCAGCCUGCUUUCCUGGGCUGGGCACAGGGAACCUACCACGUUCAGACCUACGCUGGGUCCAAGUUGCCUCUGACAAGGCCUCUUUGUUAAGCCAGGUGUGGACAUUCCAAGUUCGUAAGUGUGAACGAAAGAAAAAAGGAACCCAGCAGAUGUAACAGAACUGACUCCAGUUGAAUGUUUAGGUUUUCGCUAAACUUUGUGUUUAUUUUUCCCCUUUGCUGUGGUUUGCAUUAACGGGAGUAGUUAGCCCAGGUGUGGGGAGUGAGAGUACGUUGUGUGAUGGAGUCUGAUGAACUGGGAAUAAUCCAACACUGCAAUUGGUGAUUGUCUUACAAGAAAGUAUUUUCAUUUGGGGGACCAGCCAUAUCUCUGCAAAAUUCCAUGGUUGUUUUAUUGUUGGUUUGGUUUACCAAAAAAUACUGUAUGGGCUUUGGCUUAUCUCUGUCAUGCAGAAAAGGGGAUAAAGCCACAGCCAGUGAGAGGGUCCAACAAAGAAUCUGACCAAACCUUCUAAGUGCAGAGCAGAGAAGGAUGUUAAAAACAGAGAAGUGGUUUUGGGGGGGGGGUUGUUUUUUUUUGUUUUUGUUUUUUGGGGGGUUUUUUUGGUUUGUUUUUACUGUAGUGGGGGUGGGGGUAGGGAGGUAAGCUAGAUUGCGGCAGUGGGGUGGUUUUUUCUUUCUCUUUAAUUGUUUUCCCCUUCUUUAUCCUUCAGAGCUUCACCCCCCAGCCUGAGUUUUUAAUUCCUUCUAGGAACUUGGAUUACUGGGGCAAGAAUGUUUAAAGCUCCCUAUAGCUCCUACUUGGAGAGAAGUGAGCCAUCUACUGGUCAGGAAGCCCUUUUAGCGGACUCACACAGGCAGCGUUCCCCAUGAUGGUGGGAGGAAACUAUUCCUGGAGGAAGCAUGGAAUAGUACCCCAGCUGCCUGGGGAACUGCCCUGAGGCUGGAAAUCGGUUCUGAAGCUUGUUCGCUGUGUCUUUGUGUUGCACGUUUCUUUAAAGUCGAGUGGCAGAAGCCCCUGCCCUGUACUUCACAGUGAAACAGAUCACACUUAGUCUUACUCUCCUCCCUCCUCCCCAGUUUUUACUUUGCUGUUUCAUUGCUGACAGCAUUCAACAGCAGUACACCCCAUCUUUAGUAUAUCCUAAGAAACACUAAUCCUAGGUUAUUAGCUGAAAUAUUUUUGUUCUGAGUAACAUUGUUACUGGGUCAAAAGACAGGUCAGGAACCCUAGCCUGUAGUUUCCUAAAGUUGCCAGGUUAGGCACGGGGAGAGUUCGUGGGUGUUGGCUGAGCCUGGCUGGGAGAAGGGCAGCAGUGUGAGUUCUGUCCUUUCUGGGAUGACCCCUGAAGGCUUCAAGGGGGCUCCCCAACUCCUGAGUAGCUUGGCCCGUUCAUUGCUGUGGGAAUGGGGAUUGGGUGGUUAAGACAGGGAGUGUUGCUCUCUAUUAGUGGGCAAGUUCUCCGGGCUCUCUCCUUUGCUCCCAUGCCCUCCCUGUGCCCUCUCCUUGCAUGCCCCGGGGGGAUCAGGGAUCCUCACCCUCCUGAGGCCCAGCCGGGGAAGAAUCAACAUGGCAGCUUCAAAAUCAGUUGAAGCUACUGCUUGCCCAGCCUCUUCCACCCCAGCCGUGUCUGUGAGCCCAGGUCUGGUGUGACUGCUACAAGUCCCCUACUUGAAGCAGGGGGACCCUGGAAGUGUAUUGGGCUGGGGUGGGAUCUUCCCUUCCCACAGUGCACUGAGCAGUGGAGGUGGUAAGGGGUGAGGGAGCCAUGCUGCUGAAUUCUGGUUGGCAUUCCCCCCUUGUACGAGAUGGGGAGGCUGGCAGUGGGCCAGCCUCUGCUCUGUUUGGUUGUGAGAUAAACCUGGAGGAGAAGCACAGUUACCCGUUGAAUUAUUUGAGCAAAGAACUACUGUAAAUAACUUUUGUUCUUGUCUUUUGUCAAAUAAAGUUGUUUUUUUGUUUUUGUUUUUCAAAGCA